AUGUCAGAUUAUUCCUUAACCACAUUUGGUUAAUCCGGAGAACUCACUCAAGUCAGAUAUGCUCUUACUGCUGUAGGUAAUGGAGACACUUGCCUCGGUAUUAGAGCUAAGAACGGAGUAGUAAUUGCAUGUGAAAAGAAAAUCACUUCAGUUCUAGUAGAUGAAACAACCAUCCACAAGGUCGAGAAGAUUGCGCCUUACUUGGGUACAACCUACGCUGGUAUUGGUCCAGACUUCAAUUCAGUGAUCCUCAAGGCAAGAAAAGAUGUGCAAGUAUAUCACUCAAAGUAUCAAGAUCGUAUUACCCCAUUCAUGUUGUGCAAACAAGUUGCAGACCUAUUUUAAGAGUACACGCAAUCAGGUGGUGUGAGACCUUUCGGUAUUGGCCUCAUUGUUGCUGGAUAUGAUGAAGAGCAUGGUCCAUAGAUUUUCCAAAUCGAGGCAUCAGGUACAUUCUACUGCUGGAAAGCAACAGCUCUCGGAAGAGGAGGCAACACUGCCAAGCAGUUCCUUGAAAAGAGAUACACAGAUGACCUUGAUAUUGAAGAUGCUAUUCACACUGCUAUCUUGACUCUUAAGGACAGCUUCGAGGGAGAACUCACUGACAAGAACGUCGAGAUUGGAGUUAUCAGAACAUCAGACCCCAAUAAGGAGUUCAAGAUUCUUACUCAAAGCGAAAUCAGAGACUAUCUAAGAGAAGUUGAAUGA